UUAAAAUAAAUUUCAGCCUUUUAGUAAGAGCAAAUGCUUUUAGUGUUGUUUCAACGAUGCAGCACUUAAGUAAAAUAAUUCGACAUUCUAAAACAAUAAAUUUCUACCGGAAAUUUACGAAUGAUUCUAAAACAAGCCGAAAACAUUCAGCAAAACCCGUUGCAUUGAAUAUAAUUGGUGCCGGAUCGCCAAGUGAAGAGGCGUCAUUAUCUAUAUCAGUUGAAAAUGCGGAUAGAUAUCUUUUCAAUUGUGGUGAAGACUCUCAUCGGCUUUUCUCUGAUCAAAGUAGGAAAUUGUCAGAUCUAAAACACGUAUUUUUUACUCAAAAUAAGUGGAAUUGCAUUGGCGGCAUUUCAUGUUUAAUAAGUGAAUUAAUUAAGCGACAUAGGUGGUUGCCAAUGUUUCAUGGACCGAAACAGUUGUACAAAUGCAUUAAACGAAUACUAUGCUUAUCGUGUUUAAGUGAAUUAGAUUUUCGUCCAAUUGAUUGUAAUCCAAAGAAUUUCUUCGAGGAUGAUACUUUACGUAUUGAUUUCUUAUCGAUCAAAGCAAAUCCAACGAGUACAAUGGAUCCACAUCCAAGAGAUGUGAAUGAGGCUCUUACAUUUGUGGGUGAAAUAAAAUCACCCGAAUCUGAAGUACCUGCUUAUUUUAUGGUUCUUGAUCUGCCAACCAAACAGCAUUUGGAGGCGUUCGUUGAGAAACACCAACAAGCGGUUGUAGACAAGAAAUUCGAAAUUAUUGUGCACUUUUCAGCCAAGAAAGUCAUUGAAUACAGUGGUUAUAAGCGCCUUUUGUCCAACCUGAACACAAAGAAACAUCUGUACUUGAAUGGAAACAAUGAGUUUUCGCGCUUAAGGUCAGUAUAUGAAUUACAAUUGAAACUGAAUCAAAUUGAUAAAAACGUCCAUCCCGCUUUAAAAAUGCCGUUGAAUGCUUCGACAAAGGCGUGUAACUUGAGCCAAGAAGACAAAAGUGAUUCACAAAUUUUCUCAAAAUACUAUCUAACAGGGUCUGGUGAAAUUGAUAACGAUUCGACAAGCAGUAAUGAUAUUACCAGCUAUGAUUUUGACCACUGCCUUGAUAUCAAUCGUUUGAAGACUUUUCCAAAAAUUGUGUUUCUUGGCACUGUAUCAGCUGUUCCAACGAAAACACGUAAUAAUACAUCGAUUCUUCUUCACACAACAAGGGACGAUUCAAUGCUAAUUGAUUGCGGCGAAGGAACUUGUGCCCAAAUACAUCGUCUUUAUGGAAAAGUCGCACCGUCAAUUAUCCAGAAAAUCCGAGGUGUGUUCAUAUCACACAUGCACAAUGAUCAUCAUACCGGUUUGAUUGAGCUAUUACAAUUGCGAAAAAAAUAUCUACCAUCAAAUCGUUUGCCAUUAUUAGUGCUUUGUCCCAAAUCAGAUAUGAAAUCUUGGUUAUUCUUCUAUGACAAUAACGUUGAACCAAUACACGAUGAUCUUUAUUUUAUCGACAAUGAGAAUUUGAUGACCAAAAUGUUGUCCGAACGAUAUUGCAAUCAGUUGGGUGUUCAUAUGCUUCAAACAUGUCGAGUGCCACAUUCAAAUAUAACCUAUGCUCUUUCGGUGAAAAUUGGCCAACAAGGAAAUUUCAAAUUAACGUUUAGUAGUGAUACAACAAUAAGUAAUAAUUUAAUAGCGAUGGGACGUGAUUCUACAUUAUUAAUUCACGAAGCAACCUAUCCCGAUAAAUUUGCAAUAAAAGCCGAACAAAAUAAACAUUGUACUCUAUCACAGGCUAUCGAACAAAGCCAACAAAUGAAUGCAAAGUACACAAUCCUAACGCAUUUCAGUGCUAGAUACGGCAAUGGCUUUCCAUACAUUGAUAGUGCCAAAUACAAAAAUAUUGGCAUUGCAUUCGAUUUUAUGGAAUUAAUUGAAAACGAUUUACACAAAUUAAGUUCACUCAACGAGGAAUAUCAAAAAUUAUUCAAAUGACCAAUGAUUAUUAAAAAAAAAAAAAAUUACAAAAAAUAUAAAAAUUAGAAAUAAACGUUCGUUCUCUCAGGAGAAAUUGUAUUCGUAUUCAUUCACUUGA